AUGGAAAAGCAAACCCCCACUUUUCCAGCUCAGCCUGGGAAGCGGUUCAGAAAGAGUUUGAUAUGGCUUGUAGCGGGCGUGGGGACGAUCGGCCUGAUGGGGCUGGGUGGAUUUCCUCCCCGCGCACAUCACUGGGGCUUCCCAGGCUCCAACGUCCAGGAGAAUAUCGAAGUUCCAGUGCAGACCUCACCCUAUGGAACAUUCCCCCAAAAGGGCGACCCAUUCCAGUUUAUACCCUGCACUGAUGCCAGUCGUCCGCCACCUCUGGAUGACCCAACCCCUCAGCAAUCAUGGGCUGCCCUCUUCGAUUCCGACCCCAAACACUGGAGCUGGGGUAGCACAGGCAAAGGCAUCUUUCUUUGUGGCUACUUGGACCUUCCACUCGACUAUCAUAAUUCUUCUGACCUUCGCAUCGUCCGUAUUUCGGUGACCAAAUUCCAGGUCGCUGGUCUACCCCUGAAAAACGACACCGAACUUUCACCCUGCGGUCGCAGUAAGUACAAGAGCGAACGUACUCUAAUCAUCGAGCCAGGUGGCCCAGGAGGAAGUGGAAGCACAUUCCUUUGGGAGACCGCAGAAGAAACGACCGAGCGCUUCAGCGAUGGGCAGUUUGAUGUCCUGGGCUGGGAUCCACGCGGUGUCAAUCUCUCCCUACCCUCCGGAGCAUGUUAUCCUCAAGAUGCGCACCGCGACCGAUGGUCUCUCUUAUCACUCAACUAUCGCGAGGAAGCUCCAGAUUCACAAUUGGAGCUCCUUGAUGCCAUGAACAACGCAACCUUCUUCGCAUGCCGGCAACGGCUUGGAGAUUUUGGCCGCUUCGUGAGUACGGCAUCGGUGGCCCGCGACCUUGAUGAGAUUCGAAAAGCGCUUGGCGAAGAGGAUGUCUCGGGUUACUUUGUCAGCUAUGGAACCGGUAUCGGACAGACAUAUGUUAACAUGUUCCCCGACCGGGCGGGUCGCUUGAUCCUUGAUGGUACGGAAUAUGUUCGGGACCACCGUCUCUUGGGCGGAUUUGGGUGGACUGCUCUCGACAAUACGACAGAUGCUUGGAACGAUGGGUUCUUGGGCGAGUGUAUCAAGGCUGGUCCAGAGAGAUGUGCAUUGGCGAAGCCAACUCCAGGCCAGGACGGACCAGUUGUCCUCAAACAACUCCAGGAUCGCAUGGGGGGGACUUCUCGAGUCUCUUCGGGCACGCCCACAAUCGGCAUAUACAGAGUUAGGCGACCAAUGGAAUGGCCAAGAAUCGCCCAGAUGCUCUACGAGCUCGAAGCAGGAAACUCAACACUAGCAGCGAAGCAGCUAGAUACAUCAUGGAGCGACAAUUCCGACAAGCCUUCAUAUCCCAACAUCCCAGCUUCCAGUGAGCUCGAACUGCUUGUGAUUUGCUCCGAUGCAUACGACGCGCCCCUUCCAGAUGGACUGGAAUGGUGGGACGAACUGUGGGGAAACAUGACCACCCAGAGCUGGAUCGCUGGUAACUCGCGGUUCUUCGCAGUCAUUCCUUGCCGACAUUUCAAUACAUACUGGGAUCCGCCGUCAGAGGUUUACCGCGGCGAUCUCAACCAUACCCUCAAGACUCCCGUCCUUCUCAUCGCCUCCACGUAUGACCCUGCGACCCCAUUACGCAAUGGCAGACGUCUUUUGAAGGAAAUGGGACACAACGCUCGGUUGAUUGUUCAUAAUGCGUACGGGCAUAGCUCGAGGAGAGAUCCAUCGGAUUGUACAGACCGUCUGGCAAAGGACUAUAUUUUGAACGGGAUUCUUCCCCAUGAGCAGGAGGUUCAGUGCUAUGCUAAUACCAAGCCCUAUUCUCAAGCUCCAGGUAAUAAAUAG